AUGCUGCUGGAUCCGACCCGGACUACAAGAAACCCCAACUUUUUGGUCUGCCAAUUAGUAUUAAAUCUUGUAUUGCGGUAAGUUUUAUCUAUCUUUCGAUUUUUUUCCUGGCGCAAUAUAAAAUUUCUUAUUUUAGGUCCAAGGGCACGAUUUGUUCUCCGGAUAUGCCGAUAAUUUGGAGAAACCGCAAGCCGAAGACUCCCUGCUCGUCCAGGAACUUUUCGAAUUCCCUCACCUUUUGUGGAAUUGCCUUGGUCAAGGUGAGUGGUAAUGGUGAAGUUCAGUUCUCGGAUUGCAGUCAGAAAACAACUUUUUUGGCCGAAUCUCUGCGCAUUUUUCGUGAAAAAAAUUGAGGCAGUUUUUGUUGCUGUAGAUAAAAGUUAUCAUAAUAAUAUUUAUUCCAUCGAUUUUUUAGCCCAGCCACCGCCGUUUCUCCAAGUUCAGCAGCCCGGGUUCAGUCCCCGGCCGAUCCCACACUUACGCCUCGAUUGGCCCCAUGGCCACAAAUAUCAAACAUUGCGUCAGAAUGCUUCAAGCUCUAUGGUGCAAUGACUGUUUCUACAAAUACGAUCCGUAUGUUCCACCAAUCAAUUUCAACAAAGGAAUGUAUUUAUCCAAAAACCCUCUGAAAAUUGGGUAUUAUGUGGAUGAUGGAUGGUUCAAAGCAACUCCGGCGGUGGAGAGAGCGGUCCUAUAA